GCCAAAAGGGCCCGACACAAUCCGCAUGUCACACUACUACAGUGGCGUUUUAGCAAAUAGCAACAAAACAAGCGGGAGAGAGUAGCUUGGCCAACACGGAAAACAAAAGCUAAAGUGUGUGUGUGUUUUCAAGUACAACUUGUUAUUAGGUGUUUUACAUCCGAGGAGAAAAGCCUGUAAUAUCUGCAGUUGAUAUACAACCUAAUGUACUUUGUACAGAGAGACCUCCUGCACUCUCCUCACUUCUGCUGAUAUGAGCGUUGACUAAAUUAAAGCAAGACUGUUUGAUUACAUUUACAAGGACUUUCAACUGAGUGGCGAUUUUUUUGGACACGAAGACUUUUCAAAACCGAUGGAGAAGCCACUGUCCCCUCGAGAGUCUGGUCAGUUUGUGGCGGAGCGCAGUCGAGAUGUUUUCGUGGAUGAAGAUGGAGUCAAACGUGUGGUGCAGAUGAUCUAUGAUCUCUGGGAGAGCGAGGAGUUCACAGCCAGCGGCUGGAAGAAGAUGAAUCCUCUGGCCCCUCCGCCAGACUCAGACGAAGCCAUCAACUGGGUGUUUGUGACCGACACCAUGAACUUCUCCUUCUGGCCUGAGAGGGAGGAAGAGCAGUGUGAGGUGGUGUGUAGAGGAAACACCUAUCGAGGGUACAUGUCUCUCUGUGCUGCUGUGACCAGAGCUGUGGAUGAAGGAGUGCCCAUUACCAACCCCACUUACUUCUCUCAGAUCAGUGAGGCCGAGCUGGCGAAAGUCCUGCGCUCAGACAGCGAUACUCCCAUGCCGAUGCUGAAAGAGCGUCACCAGGCCCUGACAGAGGCCGGCCGAGUGCUCAUGGAGCAUGGCGGAUCCUUCCGGAUAUUCAUGAGUCGCUGUGAGAAUGAUGCAGAGAAGAUGGUGAAGUACAUUGUGGAGAAUAUACCGUCAUACAGAGACGAAGCCAUGUACGAGGGUAAGAGGAUCUCAUUUUAUAAGAGAGCUCAGAUCCUUGUGGCAGACUUCUGGGGCAUCAUGGAGGCACGAGGGGAGGGACACAUCCCUAACCUGGACUACCUGACCAUGUUCGCUGACUACAGGGUGCCACAAGGCCUCGUGUACCUUGGAGCUUUACGCUACUCUGAUGCCCUCAUGGAGACAUUGAAAAACGGUGAAGUGUUGAGCUCAGGUGAGAGGAGAGAGGUGGAGAUCAGGGGUUGCUCCAUCUGGUGUGUGGAGAGAAUCCGGCAGCAUCUCUGGAAGCUUGUGGAGGAGAGAGACGGGAAGAGCUGCCACAUCAACUCUGCUCUAAUUGACUUCUACCUGUGGCCAUAUGCUAAAAAACACCAUAAAGAAAUGGCACAUAUUCCAAUACAUCACACACGCUGCAUCUACUAUUGACAGCAUCAGUUCUUUUUUGUGUCAUGCUGUUUAUACCUUUAAAUAAAGUUAUGAAAAUGAGGUGAUGUACAUCUGUAAUGUUUAAAUGUAUAAUUAUACAUGUAUAACUUAUUUUGUUAGCAUGAGAAAACAGAGGUGAAACAGCCACAUACUACAAAAGUUUUAUAAACAGAAAGUUAGCAUCGAGUAACAUACAUUUUAAAUACAGCUUUGUUAGUUACGUUCCCCAUUUUUUCUCUGCCAACGAAAAUAUUUCACAGGAGAAUCACGUGUUGUGCAUCUCAGUCAUGAUGCCUCCUUCUUGAAUGAAUCUGUGGUUUGAAAGAAUCAAUUGCAUCGAACACAGACAAGAUGAGUAUAACAAAUUAUUUAUUUCUUUUCAGUAAGAAAUCAUAAAGACAUUAAUUUUCAUGCACACAGUGGACUCCAGUGUUUAACCACAUUUGAUUGUGAUGUCUAGAACUUUAUACAUUAACUAGUUGGUUAAAAGCAGUUGCAACUAUAAAAGUGGAGUCUGUUCACAUGUUUGCAUAUGCCUCUUGGUUUGAUAACGUGCAAUGACAUACAUUUUCAGUUAUUUGUGUAAAUGCAAUGCAAAACAUUGGCAUUUUUCCCCCCAUCACCAUGUCCCUUUAGGGGCUCCGCAGAGCACUAGUAAUCCAGAUCUGGAGAUCUGAAAAAGUGUGUAUCUGGAUCAGAGUGAUUCAAUCCAAUUUUGCUUUGAAAAACCGGCACAAAAGUAAGAUGGGUUACCUGAUCCUGGAUAGCAAAAGAUGGGAUUUCCAAAUCUGAUCCAGAUUACAUUUUUUGAACAACUGGCCCCAGAGUUUAAGACCGUUUUGAUGGUUGAUACCAACUUGCAGACCUACUAAAACAAGAAAUGUGUGUAAUUGGACUUUUUGUCUCAUACCAGUUAGUGAGAUAUUACCCGUACGCAUUUAUUUGAUUUGAAUUGAUUUCUGAUAACUUUGCAAAUUUAUUAAAAAGAAAAAAAAAACUGAAAUAUCACAUUAAAACAGAUAUUAAAAUGUAGGUCAGGUGCAUUCGAUUUCUCUAGAGCACCUUUGAGAAGUUUCUACACUUUGACUGGAGUGAAUCUGUGUCAAAUUCAGUUGAUUACGUCUGUGAAAGGCUAUGAAACCUGCUGAAUUGAAGUGUAUACCUGUGUUUGUCCAAAUAAUUCAAAAUCUAACUAUAUUUAGAGUUAUGUAAUCAUAUUACAGAUCUCCCUAUUCCUUUCUCUCGCUCUCUAUACAAAAAAAAAUA